AUGACUGGAGACAACAAGCGGAACACCAGGCAAGGGACGGAUCCGGACCAGAUGCCUUCCCCAAGCACCAAGCAAGGGAAAAAUGCCGCUCGACGUGCAAUAACAAAACAAGAUCAGGUUCGAGUCCAGAUCGAGGUCCACUGUCGAUGUCAAGACCCAAAACCAGCACUACCGAAUCUCCCCGAACACAGGAGGGAGCAGGAUCCCAGAGCCCAAAAGGAACGAGCAGCAUCAACGGCACCGCGGGACCCUUCAAGCGCCGGUGCAACCCACCGUCCAGUCCGAGUUGUCCUGGUUACUGGCUCGAGCGGACUGCUUGGUCAUCAUGUGGUGCGAGAACUGCAGAGCCACCCAAUCGUACAAGAAGUGCGCCUCUUUGACAUCAGGCCUUUCGAGAACGGGAUGGGGCACCCAAUAUCCAAGACGAUGAGACACGUGGUGGCCAACUUGUGCGAUGCCCAAGCCGUCCGGGAAGCCGUGAGCGGCGCCGACGCGGUGAUUCACUGCGCGUCAAUGGUCCCUGUGACAGUGGUAGAGGAUGCAGAGGCAUUCGAAAAGGUCAACGUCCAAGGUACACGGAAUGUGGUGGAUGCUUGCGUGGAAGAGAGCGUGCCAUACCUCGUCUACACCGGGAGCGUCGGAGUGAUACAGGAUGGAAACAGGCAAGCUUACGACGGUCCGUACGCCAGGACGAAAGCGCAAGCGGAAAAGAUGGUGCUUGAAGCCAGCGGGUGCUUAUUGAAGAACGGGCUCCAUCGGCUGCACACUUUCGUCAUUCGGCUGCUGCCCCUUUACGGAGAGCUGGAUCAAGUUUUUAUACCGAAAAUGAUCACGUGGUCCAGAAGAACGUGGAAGAUCAUGCUUAGGCCAGGAAAGACGUUUUCGGCGAUCUACGCCGGCAAUGCGGCCUCCAUCCAUAUUCGCGCGCUGGAUGCCUUGUGCGAAGACGCCACGCUUUCCGGCCGCUGCAUCGUGGCCGCUGACGACACGCCCACCGAUAGCGCCGCCUUUAUGGCGCCAUUGGUGGCAGGACACGAUAUUCGCGUCACCGACAAAGCCGUGCCUUACCCAGUGGCUUUAACAUUCGCUGCCUGCACCACCGGCGUUGCCAGGCUUCUCGCAAAGGUGUUUCCCGGCAUCCGCGCAGCCAUACUGCUCAGACCUUCGGACAUACGGUACAUAUACAGCGGGACCGUCUUCGACAAGUCCGAAGCCGAGGAUGUGCUAGCCUGGAGGCCCAAGUAUUCGCCACAAGAGGCGGUCAAAAUGUCGCGUUCAUUUUAUGAUGCAGUGUGACCAUUCUACGAGAGGCAGGGACAUAGCCAGAAUAUAUACUUUUCGGGGAGUGGCGGGUGGG